AUGAGUAAGGGCUGUCUGCUUAUCAGCGGCGUCCUACUUGUUAUCUCCGGCAUCCUUUUCACCUGGUGCCGCGAGGCCAAAUCGCUGGAAAUGCUGAUGACCGGUCGCUUCCUGGGUGGCAUCGCAUCCGCCCUCAUCUUCACCGCUCAGCCCAUGUAUCUGCUGGAGUCCGCUCCCUCGGAGCUCAGCGGCAGCGUCGGAGUGUUCACCUGCAUCGGAGUGACCGGAGGGAUUCUCCUCGCCCAGGUGUUCACCCUGUCCCACAUGAUGGGCAGCGAGCAACUGUGGCCUUAUGCCCUCAGUUCCUACAGCCUGUUGGUGAUGCCAUCGCUGCUGCUUCUUUGGUGGUUCCCGGAGAGUCCGCGAUGGCUCUACCUGCACAAGCGGGACUCCGCCGCCAGUGAACAGGCUCUGCUGCGUUUGCGCGGAAGGCACGCUGAGGAGGAAGUGCGUCAGGAACUGAUCGAGAUGAAGGCCACUCUGGAGGCGAAGGCCAGCUCCGAAGCUAGUUCCUUUUGCUCGGUGGUGGGAGAUAGAGAACUGUGGCUACCACUGCUGCUUGUUUGCUCAUUCCAAGCCACCCAACAGCUAAGUGGCAUCAAUGCAAUAUUCUUCUAUUCGCUAUCCAUUUUGACGGAUGCUGGCUUCUCGGCAGGAGCAGCCACCUGGUUAAACCUGGGAAUCGGGGGCUUCAAUCUGUGUACGUCUCUUCUAGGACCACUACUGAUCCGCAGGUUCCCACGUCGCCCCCUGAUGAUGAUUUCCUGCUCCACUUGUGCUCUGGCCCUCCUAGCCAUGUCCUUGGGACUGUUCUUCCUGGAAAGAUCCGAAAGCACAAUCCUUACCUAUUUUUGUGCCGCCUUCAUCCUUACAUUCAUACUGGGCUUUCAGCUGGGUCUGGGUCCCAUUGCCUACUUCAUUGGCUCAGAGCUCCUUGAGGAUUCGCCUCGCGCUGUGGCCAUGUCGAUGGGCAGCCUGUUCUCGUGGAUCGGCAACUUCCUUGUGGGCAUGUGCUUUCCUUUGCUUCAGAGUGUCUGGAGCUCCUUCGCCUUCAUCCCGUGCAUGUGCGUGUGCCUCUACUGCCUGCUGCUCACCUGGCGAUACCUGCCGGAGACACGCGGUCGGGAGCCCAAGGAUGUCAAGCCGCUGAUGAGCCAUGGCCUCGCCUCCAAACGGAACUGAUGUGUCUAAUUGCCUAUUUAUAGAUUUAAUCAAUC